AUGGAUACUGAAGAAGAGAAUGAAUUCUCUCUACGGCGUGAAUUCAAUUUGUGCGAAAGUUUCAUUAAAGAUUUGGAAAAUGGUAAAUAUAGCUCAAAGGAUAUCCAGGUUCAGCUCAAGAAUUGUGAAGAAAAAUUAGAAAUAUUGACAAGAGAAGCAUCUGCACGUUCUUUGUUUACUGACAACGAUAGUAUCGAUGAAAUUCCAACCAGUUCAUUAGAUUAUUUAUUUUUACCAUAUUACCUGGGAACGGUGGUGCAAAAUAUUAUUGUUGAACCUGAAGAACGUAUAUCAUCCUUGAAUCGUGCAAAGGUAUAUUUGCGAAACUUCUUGGAAAGGUUAAAGUUAUUUAGUAUCAUAGAUUUUGAACUUCCUUGGACAAAUAAUGACGGGGAGGAAAAAACGAUUGGAAAAUAUAAGCAACUCAAUCUAUCUGAAGAAAGACAGGCAAAAUUGCAAAGACUGCAGGAAGAAAUGAAAUUACGUGAAUUAGUAAAAGAGUUGGAGCUCAAAUUGGAUUCAAAUAUUGAUGAUGAGUAUUUAAUGCGAAGUGUGGUUGAAAAUCGUUUGCGUUUGGCUGCGAUAAAAAGUAUGAAAGAUUUAGAACAAAUUGAGGAAGAAAAGCCGCUAGCAGAGCAUAUGUUAAAAAUUCGAAGAGGAGAAGUUGAAGACAUGCGAAAAGAACCUCUAAGGCAGUCUGCAAAGCUUCCUUUUAUAAUUACUCGCGAUCAAAUGCAAAAAAAAGUUCUUGGUCUUGGAUAUCCUAGUAUACCGACAAUGACCGUUGACGAGUGGUAUGAUGACAUGGUAAAAAAUAAUAGAUUUGGUAAUAUAAAUCCAAGUUCAUCUGAAAACUCAGCUGACUUAGAUAUUGCGAAUGAAGAAGAGGAAGAAAAGGAACGAAGUCGUUUACGAAAGUGGGACGAAUAUAAGGAUUAUCAUCGUCGUGGUUGGGGAAAUAUGCAUAAUAAAGGUUGA